AUUACACAAUUACGUGGCACAACACAAAGAGAGAGAAAGAUAAAAGAGAUCCUGUGGUAUUUGAGUUCCCUAAGGUGCCACAUAGUCUUCUAUUAACCACCAGGUUUUAUGAGUGGCAAGAGUGCUGUGGACAAAUUGACAUCCUUGUGUGGCUACAAUUUCGUGGCACCAAAACUUACAAGAACAAACACUUUUGCAUAUAAAUAAUAACUGCAGGAGCGUGGUUGAGAAUCAGGGUGGUGCUGAGUACCAAAAGAAGCUAAAAUGGGCCUAGGGACUCUGCCAUUGACCCCUUCUUAUACCAGUUUUUCUCCAAACUCAGGACUUAUCCAUGACACUCUUGAUUGCAGCAGAGUGAAUAGAAGCAUAAAGUUCAGAGUUUCAGCCAAACAAGAGAAGCAAGAACCCAAUAAGAAAAAGCAAUCCUUGUUUAGCAGUGUGACCGAGGCUCUUGAUUUUUCCCAAGUGAGAUCUGCUGAGGAUGCUCAGCUUAUAGAAGAGGCUAGAGAAGCCACAAGAGCUGGAGAAAGGAUGAACAGAGAACAGUAUGGAGCUCUUAGAAGGAAAAUUGGUGGUACAUACAAGGAUUUUUUCAAGUCCUAUGUUGAAGUGGAUGGAGCAUAUGUUGAAGAGGGAUGGGUUGACAAAACAUGCAAGGUGUGCAAAAAGGACACCAGGGGAGAGGAAAGGCAAGUUGACAACUUUGGAAGAUAUGCUCAUGUUGCAUGUUUAGACAAGUCCAAAUCAGGGAACUUUUUUACCAGAUUGUUCUCUUCUUAAAGAACACAUUUUCUCAUAUAGUAUGAUAAAGUUUCUGUUAUUCA